AUGCAGGCUUCUUCACCAUCUCAAACAAUAGAAAUAGAUUCAAUGUUAGCUGAAAUUGAUGCAAUCCCUCUGUUUACCCAGAGUGAUACAUCAAAAAAGCGUACUAAUGAUCCCAAAUUAUUUCUGGAUAAACUAUCUAACAAAAAAGCAAAGAAGUCGGUUAAAAAAGAAUCGCAUAUAUUAAAAGAUCUUAUAAAUGAAUUAUCUACCGAACCCGAAACUUCACAAGUUUCUGUAACUAGAAAAGAAAAUGCAUAUAAUUUUAUCGAUUUGUAUAAUAAUAUAACCCAUGCAGAACCCCAAAAUAAAAUAACAAAUUGGGAUAUUAUAACUUGCUAUUAUCUUUUUGGUAAAGCUCUAUCAGAACGACUUGAGCAUCACAAGAAUUCAAAUUCUCUAUAUGCAUCUUUGUUACUAGUUAAUGAAGAAGUUAGAAAACAAAUACCCAAUAUUAUGGAUACUAUGCUGUGGAAGAAAAUAGAAAGAUCACAAAAGCUUUAUACACUCUUUAUUAAUAUUGGAGAAGAUAAAAUUCAAAAAGUUAAAUCUUUUAGUGCUUUAACUAUUUCAAAAUUAAGUAAGGAAGAUAUUGAUAAUAUUAUACUUAGCAUUUUGAAACCGAAAAAUUAA